AGUGACAGGUGUAGACUCGCGAAUCUACAAGGUAUAAAACGACCGGUUAGUUUCAUAUAAAACCAUAACGGAUAGUCGCACAAAGUGAGAGGAAAAUGGCAUCAAAACCAAAAUGCAAAUAUGGAGAGAAAUGCUACAGAAAAGACAAAGAUCACAAGAAAAACUUCAUUCAUCCCGAGGAGGAUGGAGACACUGACACAGAAAUUGAAGAGAAUGAGCCAAAAACAUCUAAGCUGAAGAGACAGCGAACCCAUGAGCUGAGCAUUGUAGACGAUAUGGAUGUUGAUGAUAGCCGACCUACACUAAAAAAACUGAGAUCUCGUACUGUCAGCAUGGAAGCCAAACCCUCAGCAAGUAGUGAUGAUGCAGGUCCCUCCUCAUCCCCAGCAGCUGAGGAUGACCGCCCAGACUGUACCUACUGGGAGAAGUGUUACAGGAAGGACCCCAACCACCUCAAGCAGUUUAGGCACCCAGCUGAUGGUCCACCACAGAAGAAAAAGCGAGCCAAGGCAGAGAACAAAAUUGAAGAUGGGGAGGAAAAAUCCAUAGCAGGAGGAUAUAGACUGAAGAGAAUUGGAAGCCAUUACACUUGCACGUGUAUUGGAUGGAAAGUGCAGAAAAAUGCACCCAACAAAAGAACAUGCAGACAUCUAAGAGACUAUCUUGGAGACGAAUUUGAAAAAAAUAGAGUUGGAAAAUUACCAGCUGACAAAAAAGUAGCCCUAGAGCCUUCUCAAAGAUUCUCACAUAUCAGCAUAAGUCUUUUGUUAGCCAACAAAUAUGAUGAAAAAAAGAACAAUCCAGUUAAUUGGUGGAUCAGUGAAAAAUUAGAUGGAGUCAGAGCUUUUUGGAAUGGAAAAUGUUUUUACUCUCGCCUUGGCAACCCUUUCUAUGCUCCUAAGUGGUUCACAAAAGACCUACCCACAGAUAUGCACUUAGAUGGAGAACUAUUUGGGGGCAGAAAAAUGUUUCAGAGCACCGUCAGCAUAGUGAAGACUCCCGAGUGCGAUCAGUGGAAGAAAAUCAAGUAUCACGUGUUUGAUGCUCCCAGUCUACAAAAGGAACCAUUCGAAAAGAGGAUGAAAGCCAUCAGAGACUACUUUGAUGAAGUCAGUCCAGACUAUGCAAUUUAUUGCAAACAAGAAAAAUGCACUGGGAAAAAGCACAUUGAUGAUGAACUGAAGCGAGUGAUUAGCCUUGGUGGGGAGGGCCUCAUGAUUCGAGAGCCUGGUUCCACAUAUGAAAGAAGGCGGUCUAAUACAUUGCUCAAAAUCAAAACCUUCUAUGAUGCUGAGGCUGUUGUAGUUGGAUAUGAUCCUGGCAAAGGUCGUUUCCAAGGAAAAGUGGGAGCACUCAGGUGCAAGAUGGCAAAUGGAAAACUCUUUUCUGUUGGAUCAGGAUUGACCGACAAAGAUCAUAACCGUCCACCCAAAAUAGGUUCUAUCAUCACAUAUAAAUUCCAAGAGUACACAAAUUCCGGAACACCAAGGUUUCCUUCCUAUUUAGGAGUAAGAAUAGACAUGGAUAAACCAAAGGAUGCCGUACUACCCAAGAUAGUCAAGGAGGACGAAUAAAUGAACAGAUCCUACCACAGAAAAAAAAAUUUAAAAGGCAGCUUCAUAGAAAAUCCCAUGACAUCGACCAAAUACUAUCCUCUCCCAUAAAUAGACUUGAACUUUGAAAUUGAAAUCCAUGUGAUACCAUUGAAAUAUUGUGUGCAAUAGUUAACAAUCUCAUGCUGUGAUUAUUUUAUACUCUCAGAUUUUCUUACAUUUAAUAACAUUUCUUUCAUCAUUUAUAAAGUGUUUUUAACUCGUUUAUAAUUUAUUUUUUUAUUCUAUAUUAUGUUUUACAUUGUUUUAUAAUAUUUUAGUAAUAAAAUGCCAUAGUUGUUGAAACUAAAAA